AUGAUUACUGUUGACGAAGACAGAGUGGAUGCGGCCCCUGAUCUGAAAAAUGCUCCAGUCGGGGCUGAUUGUCAGCCAGACAGUGAUCUCUCUGAUUCCAGAGUAGAACCAGACACUGGAGUUCCCACUUCUGAAUUACAGGCUUCUGAUGGUGAUGCAAAUGGACGGACAACCAAUCAUGAGUUGGACAAUACUAUAGAACCUCCUAAUAACAAGCCAGAGAAUUCAGAAUCACUGGCCAAUGAACAGUCGAACAAUGCUGAUGCCUCAGACAACAAUCAGCAAGUUGAUUAUGAAGCACCACCCAACAAUCCAUCAGUCGAGUCUGAAACACCCUCUGACAAUCAGCCUGUUAGCUCUGAGGGUACUCUUGAUCAGAAGUUCUCUGCUGAGGGUAAUUCCGAGGAGCUUUCAAAUGAUGGUGGGGUUGUAGUAUCUGAAGCGCAGCACAGUAAUGAGGUGGCUUUGCCAGAAAUGCAGCAUAGCAAUGGAAUGGUUACAUUUGAAACACAGCAAAGCAAUGAGGUGGUCAUGUCUGAGGAGCAGACCAUCAAUGAUGUGGUCAUGACUGAGGCCAUGACUGAAAAUGAGUUGGGCACUUCCACAAUUGAUCCCAACCAUCACCUUUCCCAUCCUGAAACUCACCCUCAUAACCAUCACUUUGCUGAUUUCCAUAUGAUUCCUGAAGAUCAGCUGCCUCAACCUGAAUCUCUACCCAAUUGUGAUCCACUGCCAUGUUCUGAACAACUUGAAGACAGUCACAUCAGAGACGUCAAACCAAUGCAUCAUGAUCAUCUUGCUCAGUAUGAUACAGUUCCCAACAACCAUCUGGACCAUUCUGAGGCACUGUGCAACCAUCAGCUAACCGAUUCUGAGACACUGUCCCCCGGACAACUAGCUAAUUCCCAAAUGUUGCAUCACUAUGAGCUGGAAAAUAGUGAAACACUGCAUGAAAAUCAGCUAGUUAAUUCUCAAGAACACUAUGGACUUGUCAAUGCUAACAUCAUACCCAGCUAUGAGAUAGUAAGUGCUGACACUCCUUUGAACUGUGAGGAACCUACCCCAGACACUCAGCCUAACAAAAGGAGGAAAAAGAAGUCUAUAGUCUGGGAACACUUCACCAUAGAAAAUGUUGAUCCCGGAUGUAGAAGAGCGUAUUGCAAGCAAUGCAAUCAAAGUUUUGCCUAUAGUACUGGUUCAAAGGUUGCUGGUACCAGCCACCUUAAGCGCCACAUUGCUAAGGGGGUAUGCGCAGCUCUUCUGCGUGGCCAAGAUCAGAACACAUAUACCCCCCGAUCAAGGGGAACUGGUGCUGGCAAUGCUAGCAGUACACCAAAGCGACGUUAUAGAACUGGGGGUUCUCCCUACAUAAUUUUUGAUCAAGAUCGUUGCCGCCAUGAGAUUGCUAGAAUGAUCAUUAUGCAUGAUUACCCCCUCCACAUGGUUGAACAUCCAGGAUUUGUUGCGUUUGUCCAAAAUCUGCAGCCCCAAUUCAAUAUGGUGACCUUUAACACAGUCCAAGGAGACUGUGUUGCAACUUUCCUGUCAGAAAAACAAAAACUUCAAAACUAUUUUGAAGGAUUACCAGGACGUUUCUGUCUGACACUGGACACGUGGACCUCAAGUCAGUCUGUAGGAUAUGUAUUUAUAACUGGACAUUUUGUUGAUAGUGAUUGGAAGUUGCAGAAGAGAAUUCUCAAUGUUGUGAUGGAACCAUACCCUGAUUCUGUCUCUGCUAUCAGCCAUGCUGUAUCUGCAUGCCUUUCUGAUUGGAAUUUCGAUGGCAGGCUGUUUUCUAUUACUUGUAACAGUACACUCAACGAAGUUUCCCUUGGAAAUCUCAGAUCAUUUCUGUCUGCAAAAAAUCCACAUAUCCUCAAUGGUCAGUUGUUGGUGGGAAGUUGCAUUGCCAGAACUUUAAGCAGCAUUGCAAAUGAUUUGCUGAGUUCUGUACAAGAUCUAGUGAAAAAAAUCCGGGAUAGUGUAAAAUAUGUGAAGACUUCAGAUUUGCAUGAGGAAAAAUUCCUAGAACUCAAACAGCAUCUUCAGGUCCCCAGUGAAAGGAGCCUUUUUAUUGAUGACCAAACCCAGUGGAAUACAACAUACCUAAUGCUGGUGGCAGCUUCUGAGCUAAAGGAAGUGUUCUCUUGUUUGGAUACUUCGGAUCAUGAUUACAAGGAAACUCCAUCUAUGCAAGAUUGGAAGCUAGUUGAGACACUCUGCAGUUAUUUGAAGCCGCUUUAUGAAGCAGCAAACAUUCUUACCACUACAACUCAUCCCACUCCCAUUACCUUCUUUCAUGAAGUUUGGAAAUUGCAGCUGGAUCUUGCCCGAGCUGUUAUGAAUGAGGAGGACCCCUUCCUUAGCAAACUUAUUAAACCGAUGCAAGAAAAGAUUGAUAGGUACUGGAGAGACUGUAGUUUGGUUCUUGCAAUAGCAGUAGUUAUGGAUCCCCGCUUCAAGAUGAAGCUUGUUGAGUUUAGCUUCACAAAAAUCUAUGGUGAUGAUGCUCAUGAAUUUGUCAAGAUUGUUGAUGAUGGAAUUCAUGAACUAUUUAACGAGUAUGUGGCUCUUCCCCUGCCAUUGACACCGGCUUAUGCAGAAGAUGGAAAUGUGAAGAGUAACGGAUCCCCUGGAGGAAAUCUGUUAUCAGAAAAUGGAUUAACGGAUUUUGAUGCCUACAUCAUGGAAACUAGUACCCAACAGACCAAGUCUGAAUUGGACCAGUACCUGGAAGAAUCACUGCUGCCCCGGGUACCGGAUUUUGAUGUAUUGAGUUGGUGGAAGCUAAACAAACUUAAGUACCCAACUCUUUCGAAGAUGGCCCGGGAUAUUUUGUCUGUUCCGGUUUCGAGUGCUCCUGCUGACUCUAUAUUUGAUAGUAAAAGCAAAGAGAUGGACCAGUAUCGAAGUUCAUUACGACCAGAGGUAGUGGAGGCCCUUGUAUGUGCCAAAGAUUGGAUGCAUUAUGGAGCAGCAGAAGCCUCGAGUGCACUUGUGAAAAUGGAAUUCUAG